UCCAAAAUGAGGAUGAGGGCCGCUACUAUUCUCUUGAUUCUGCCUCUUUUUCUUUCGACCCUUGCUCUUGCCGCGAAGGUCGCUGAUGUCAAAACCUUGCAGAUUGGUGUCAAGUAUAAGCCAGAAACUUGUGAAGUUAAGGCUCGCAAAGGUGAUAAAGUCAGGGUACACUACCGGGGAAAACUCACAGAUGGAACUGUCUUUGAUUCUAGUUUUGAAAGGGGUGAUCCAAUCUCUUUUGAGCUUGGAGUCGGUCAAGUCAUAAAAGGAUGGGACCAAGGAAUUUCGGGGAUGUGUGUAGGGGAGAAGCGCAAGUUGAAAAUACCUUCCCAUAUGGGCUAUGGGGAUCAGGGUUCUCCACCAACUAUUCCAGGUGGUGCCACGCUGAUAUUCGACACUGAGCUUGUCGAAAUUUUGGGGAGAGACUCAAAGAAUGAUGAUGAUGAGCUGUAGUUGGAUGAUACCGGCUUGAGCUUCCUUUUUUGGUUCAAGAUAUUUAGUUUCCCUAAAGAGAUUACCUGUGGUAACCAGUUGCUUUGGCAAGCCAAAAUGUUAUUUUGCUUUAUAGUCAUGAUCAGACUACAUACACUGCAUUUUCAAUUUAAAGAUAAGAGUUUAUGUUAUCCUUGUGUGA